CCAAUUAAAUGUCUGCACUCACAGGUGACAACUCCUGUUUAAUUUACAACAGCGUAACUUUGCAAUCGAAGUCUAGACAACUCACAGGAUCAUGCUGGCAUAAAACUGAGUAUGUUGUUGUUGCAAUAUCGGGGGAAUUUCUCUCACAAGUUAUCUGUCGACGUUCCUUCUUGCCACGCUGCUCUCCAUCUCUCGCCAUGGCUUCUGGUGCGUUCCCCGGGGAAGAGUUCGCCUGCUCCGUCUGCCUGGAGGUCCUUCGCGACCCAGCCACCCUCCCCUGCGGGCACACCUACUGCCUGCCCUGCAUCCAGAGACACUGGGACCAGGGGGAGGCCAAGCAGGAGUACAGCUGCCCCCAGUGCCGCAAAACCUUCACCCCCCGCCCCGUGCUGGCCAGGAGCACCCUGCUGGUGGAGGCUAUGGAGCAGCUGAAGCUGAGGUGUGGGGCGGAGGGUGCGCCCCCGUCCGUCUCCUCGGCACCGCCCUCCCUGCCCUUCCCCAGUGCUCCUCCGGAUGGUGCCGGGCUCUACCCUCAGCUCCCCGCGGCCGGGCGCCUCUGCCCCGAUCACCAGCAGGCCCUGGAGCUGUUCUGCCCGGAGGACCGGGAGUUUGUGUGCGCUGUGUGCAGGGACCACAACCACAGGACACACCGUGUGGUCCCCGCUGAGGUGGCCAGGGCAGAGAGACAGGGGGAUCUGGAUCUGAUGCAGGUGGACACACAAAGAAGGAUCCAGGAGAGGGAACAGAGCCUGCAGCUACUUCUACAGAGUGCCCGCACCCACAAGGGGGCAGUGCAGGCCUUGCAGCGUGAGGCCGGGGAGCUGUUCGCUGAGCUGGCGCGCAGCGUGGAGCUGGCGGGGAGCCAGGUGCAGGAGCUGCUGGGUGCUCAUGAGAUGGCGGAGGGCAGCCGGACCGAGGGGCAGAUCCACAGGCUGGAGCAGGACCUGGGGCAGCUGCGCGGGAGGGCCGAGGAGCUGCGCAGACUGGCGCAAAUGCACGACCACUGCUGCUUCCUGAAGAACUUCCUGACCCUGGACACCCCUGUCCCGGGUGGAGAGGGAGAGGUGGCGUGGGCCGAUGCUGAGGCAGUGAGGUUUGGGGUGCGGACGGCGCUGAGGGAGCUCAGGGACCAACACCACGAGCUGAGCAAGGCCAGCCUGGCCCGGAUCUUCCGCACAGUGAAUGAUGCAUCUGCUAUGGCUCAAACAGCGACAACUGAAGCUCCUCCUCUUCCUCUACCUUGUAAGCUCGGGGACGAAUCGAACCCUAAACACGCAGUCAAUGUAAUGGCAGCCGGCAAUACGGCCCAUUUGAAUCCAGCCGGUGGAACGUCCAAUCAGAAUCCAGCCAGUGGAACGUCCAAUCAGAAUCCAACCAAUGGAACAGCCAAUCAGAGCCCACCUACUCAAUACCCGGAGCCCAAAACUCGAGAUGAACUUUUAAAAUUCCGCUUCGAGCCAACGCUGGACCCCGACACGGCGCACCGGCACCUCCGCCUCUCCGACGGGGACCGCAAGGCCACGCUGCGGGCCGAGGCCCAGCCCUACCCGGAGCACGCGGGCCGCUUCCUGUUCUGGCGCCAGGUCCUGUGCCGCGAGGCGCUGGGCGGGAGCCCGUACUACUGGGAGGUGGAGUGGACCGGCACCAAGGUCACCCUGGGCGUGGCCCACGGGAGCAUGGGCAGGAAGGGCAACGACGGCGGCUCCCGGCUGGGCCACAACGAGCGGUCCUGGGGCCUGUACUGGUCCGGCGCCGCCUUCUCGCUGUGGCACGGCGGGCGGGAGACGCCGCUGGCGGGGCCCAAGGCCCGGCGGGUCGGGGUGUACCUGGACCAGCAGGCCGGGGUCCUGGCCUUCUACAGGGUGUCCCGCAGCCAGGCGGAGCUGCUCCACCGGGUCCGGGCGGACUUCUCCGGGCCUCUCUACCCAGGGUUCAGGUUCUGGAGCGGGGUGGGCUCCAGCGUUACGCUGUGCCAGCUAGAUUAGCCACUGACGGUUCGGUCUGAUGCACAUCUCAAAUGGAAUUACCAGUAAUCCUGGGUAAAACUGGGUGACGUGUCCUAUCCACUUUUUCCAAAGACAUUCUGUUUUGAUCUUGUUUUUGUACAUCUUUCCCAUUAACCCCCCUAAGUUUUUUCCAUCAGGUAUUCAGACUGCACAUGUUCAUCAAUGACAUUACCAAGAUUAAACUUUUUUUAAUUGUAAAUUUUGUUUGUUUUUGGUUAUAAAAUAAAAAUAAAAGCAUUAACUGCAGAAAUUAAUCACAAAAUGUAUUUUAAGUGAGAUGUUUGUGAGUGAGUGUGUGUAUGAAUGGGUGAAUGAGAAGCAUCAAUUGUACAGCGCUUUGGAUAAAGGCGCUAUAUAAAUGCCAACCAUUUACCAUUUACCAUGUUUGCUUUUACUGAAAGCCUCAAAAGACAGGAAAUUAAGUUGAUCAGCCCAAAUGCGACCCUCAGCCUGCUCACCAUCAAGUUAUCAGCGCAGAUCUGACAACAUGCUACAGUGAUGUACAAUGUCAACUCUACAUCAACCAACAUGUGAUCCCCACUGGGGAGAUUCUCUCAAAGAAUUCAUAAUCUUAGGGUAGUGCACUGUAAAGUGUAUUGGCAAUUUUGCAUAUGAACAAAAGAGGCAAUAUACUUAUUUUGCACUUUUCUAAAGCAUGCUUUAUUUCCAACAUGUCCAAUGUGUCCUCUUUAGGACCGCAUAUCUUGUAUCACUCUUUCAACAUAGCUUGCCCACAGGUUGGUAUGUAGCAUACAAUUUUUACAUACAACUAGUGUGAUUAAUUGAUAGAUCCUGCAAUAAAGUGUAUAUUGUAUUCGUAUCUCCUUGCCACUCAUGAGCAAAGAGAAGCAAGAGCUAGCGUGGAUUUCCAAAGGGGUACAGCCGACCGAUUGAUUGGUGUGUGGGCGUGGUUGUUGUACCAAAAACCAAUGAGAAGGUCAGAGUGUCAGUUUGACAGAGCUGAACAACUCAAUGGAGCAGGAGAGACACUUACUCCCAGCAGUGGGACGCACACUAGGGCAGCUAGAGGGCGCCAGAGUGUUUUCAAAACUUAAGGUUUUGUCAAAUUUGAGGUACUUGAUAGGCACCAGAAAAUGUAUCAGGACAGAGUAAAAUGUUCCCAUGCACGGUACUAGUUGCCUGACCUGCCAACCUUGCCCGAAAC